CAACGCGUUUAGUCAGAAGUGUUGCGCUCAUGCAAAAUUACUUUUGAGGUUAUUCUGGUGUCAGACGUUUUGGAUAUCAUGGACAUGUAUUUUACGCACUUGCGCAAAUCUCUCUGCGUAACGACGGAGUGUGUUUGAUACCUACAGACAAAACACAGCGGGUAGAACUAUGUUUAGGCUGCCCGUGUCCCUUCGCUGUGGAGCGCGAUGGCAUCGUGCGCUGAAGUUCAGGAGGCUGCGAAGUUCCUCUGCGGAGCCGCACGUGGAGCAGGUAAACAACUCUCCGCAGAGGAGAGUCAACCCGCUCAACAUCCAGAUGCUGUCGGUGAACCUGCACCAGCAGAUAUUCCGCGGCGCUGAGCCCGUAUACGAAGAGGAGAACGUACAGCGAAGUAUCGGGCAUCUGGAGAGGCACGAGCUGUGGGGCAAGGAAGCGGCUCUGCUCCCCGAUGUAGAGCUGGAGUUGCCGCACAUGUACGGCGACAACAUUGACGAACACUUUCGUAUCUUGGCCCAGAAGCAGAGCUUGCCUUACCUGGAGGCGGCCAGCCUCCUGCAGCUCAGCCAGCUGCCGACCAUGCCCCAGAGCUGGGCUUGGGAGGUGGGCUGGACCCGCUAUGGCCCCGGCGGUGAGCACCACAGAGUGGACUUCCCCGAUGAGAAGGCCCUGGUGUUUGAUGUGGAGGUGUGUAUGACUGAGGGCCAGUGUCCGACACUAGCAGUGGCUGUCUCCCCCUCCGCAUGGUACUCGUGGUGCAGCAAGCGCCUGGUGGAGGAGCGCUUCAGCUGGUCUAGUGAGCUGUCCCUGUCCGACCUGAUUCCCCUGGAGACCGGGGCUGGUGCCAGUCGACCGCCCCGGGGGGACUGGCAGGAGAGGCUGGUGGUGGGGCACAACGUCAGCUUCGACCGCUCCUACAUCAAGGAGCAGUACCUUCUCAAGGGCUCCAAGAUGCGCUUCCUGGACACCAUGAGUCUCCACAUGGCCAUUUCGGGGCUGACGGGGUUCCAGCGCUCCCUCUGGAUGGCCAACAGGUACGGCAAGCGAAGAGGGCUACAAGAGGUCAGAGAGCACAUGAAGAAGAUGGGCAGGCAGACAGAGGGAGUCAAGAUCGGUUCGUGGGACUGGGUUGAGAUCAGCAGUAUCAACAACCUGGCGGACGUGCAUGCGCUCUACGUGGGGGGGGAGGCGCUGAAGAAGGAGCCCAGAGAGAUCUUCAUCAAGGGCAGCAUGGCAGACGUCAGGGAGAACUUUCAGGACCUGAUGCAGUACUGUGCCAUGGAUGUCCUCGCUACACACGAGGUGUUUACUCAACAGCUGCCUCUCUUCAUGGAAAGGUGUCCACACCCGGUGACGUUAGCCGGCAUGCUGGAGAUGGGUGUCAGCUACCUGCCGGUCAACCAGAGCUGGAGGCGUUACGUGGAGGAAGCUCAGGAUACCUACGAGGAGCUGCAGAGGGAGAUGAAGACCUCUCUCAUGAGGCUGGCUGAUGACGCAUGCCAACUGCUGCAGGACGACAGGUACAAGGAGGACCCCUGGCUUUGGGACCUGGACUGGGACAUCCAGGAGUUUAAAGUGAAGAAGAGCGCUCCGAAGAAGAAGAAGAAGAAGACAGCUGCGGAGACGGAGGAGAGGAAGCCAGCCAGCAUUGCUGCUGUGGAUCUGGACAAGGACCCCGGUCCGCCACCUGAGGAGGAGUUGGAGUGCGUUGAGCCCAGCAGGGCGGCGCUAGAGAGAUUAAAGGAGACACUCACCUGUCUGCCCAAGAGGAGGCAGCACCUACCUGGACACCCCAGCUGGUACCGUAAGCUGUGUGUGCGUGUGUCUGAGGACGAGGCGUGGUGUCCCGGUGCCAGCCUCAUCAGCCUGCAGAUGCGCGUGACCCCCAAGCUGAUGGGGCUGACGUGGGACGGCUUCCCCCUGCACUACAGCGACGUGCACGGCUGGGGCUACCUGGUGCCCGGACGCAGAGACAACCUCAACCACCAGGGGGAGGCAGAGGGACCCGUCUGCCCUCACUGGGCGCUGGAGGAGAUCUAUCGAGAGUACUGUGACCAGAAGGGCCGCGAGCAGCCGGAGUGUUUUGACACGCCCCCACAUGAUGACCUCAUGGCAGUCUGGCAGACCGCAGAGGAGUUGAGUGGUCUGGAGGACGUGGGAGAGGAGGAGACGUACAGCAGGGGAAGGUCAAAGGUCAAGUACUCUAAGGAGUCUAAUCACCCUGACGGUCCCCCAGAGGAGAGCCAGUGUCCUUAUCACCAUGGAAACGGUCCAUAUAACGACGUCAACAUUCCCGGCUGCUGGUUUUUCAAACUGCCUCACAAGGAUGGCAAUGAUAACAACGUGGGCAGCCCCUUCUCCAAAGACUUCCUGAGCAAGAUGGAGGACGGCACGCUGCAGGCGGGCAGAGGGGGCACCAACGCCACGCGGGCGCUCGAGAUCAACAAGAUGAUGUCAUUCUGGAGGAACGCACAGGGCCGUGUCAGUUCCCAGAAGGUGGUGUGGCUGAGGAAGGGGGAGCUGCCCCGCACUGUUAGCAGACAUACAGACUAUGAUGAGGAGGGCCAGUACGGCGCCAUCUUGCCUCAGGUGGUUACCGCGGGAACAGUGACGCGCCGAGCUGUGGAGCCAACAUGGCUGACCGCCAGCAACGCCAGGCGUGAUCGUGUGGGUAGUGAGUUGAAGGCCAUGGUGCAGGUGCCUCCUGGGUAUCACCUGGUCGGGGCUGACGUGGACUCUCAGGAGCUCUGGAUCGCCGCUGUACUGGGGGAGGCACACUUCGCUAACAUGCACGGCUGUACAGCGUUUGGCUGGAUGACCCUGCAAGGGAAGAAGAGUGCAGGAACUGACCUACACAGCCGCACAGCAGAGACGGUCGGCAUCAGCAGGGAACACGCCAAGGUGUUUAACUACGGUCGUAUCUAUGGGGCUGGGCAGCCCUUUGCCGAGCGACUGCUGAUGCAGUUUAACCAUCGACUGAGUCAGCAGGAUGCGGCCAGCAAGGCACGACGCAUGUACGCCCUCACCAAGGGACUACGCCGGUGCCACCUUAACGAGGAGGGGGAGUGGCUAGUGCAGAAGCUGGGGGUGGAGCCUGAGAGGGAUCAGGACGGCAGCAUCUCCAUGCAGGACGUCUGGAAGAUACAACGCCUGGCCAAUCAGGGGUCUCGUCGGCGUAAGUGGUCCAUCGUGGAUCGGCGUGUGUGGGCAGGCGGUACGGAGUCGGAGAUGUUUAACAAGCUGGAGAGUAUUGCCCACUCGCCGCAGCCGGCCACGCCUGUACUGGGCUGCCGAAUCUCAAGAGCACUGGAGCCCAGCGCAGUGGGAGACGAGUUCAUCACGAGCCGUGUGAACUGGGUGGUGCAGAGCUCCGCGGUGGACUACCUUCACCUGCUGCUGGUCGCUAUGCGCUGGCUGAUGGAGGAGCACGACGUCGACGGCCGAUUCUGCAUCAGCAUCCACGACGAGGUGCGCUACCUGGUGACCAGCGGCGACCGCUACAGGGCCGCGCUCGCCUUGCAGAUCAGCAACCUACUGACCAGGUCCAUGUUUGCGUAUCAGCUGCGUCUGCAGGACCUGCCCCAGUCGGUGGCCUUCUUCAGCGCGGUGGACGUGGACCAGUGUCUUCGUAAGGAGGUCACCAUGGACUGCGUGACGCCCUCCAACCCCACAGGGCUCCAGCGCAGAUACAGCAUCCCCCAAGGUGAAGCGCUGGAUAUCUACCAGAUUAUGGAGAUCACCAAGGGCUCUCUGGAGAAGAACAGAUAGCAGGAGGAGGAGAGAAAAGAGAAGAACAGAGAGCAGGAGUAAGAGAGAAAAGGAAAAGACGACUCCACACCUCCACCAUCAUCACACCUUCCUCUUCUUCUUCCGGGGCUCCUGAGUCUGCUGCUCCUGGCUCUGGGACUGAAAGAAAGACAAGGAUGAGAACGAGCCAUUUAAUGGGUUUGGCUUUUGGACAUUGCCAUGGGUUUGACUUUUGGACAGUGCCGGUAACAGACUUCGAGAGGAUAAUUACUGCCCAUUUGCUGGUGUCUUGUAGACCGGAGGUUCCCAACCUACUGCAACUUGGGGCCCACUCUGACCUAGUAAAUAAUAGUGGCACAGACUCGCAGAAUGGAGACAGACAGGACUAAAGGCAAAUUAGAAUAUACUGUAUCUGACGUUUGCUGCUCGAUGGGUGCUCAACGGUUCUAAAUGUAGACUAUAUUUUGCUUUACAUCUACAAGACAAAAAAAGAAAAGUAAAUUGUGGGCGGCUGCUUAUGUCGUGUUAUUACAGUGGCAGCAUUAAAGGCUAUCAUCUUCAGUGAAGAAAACUUACUGUAGCCAAUUCA